AAGUUUUCUGUUUUUUUUGUCUUACUUCUUGUUUGUUUCACAAUAAAAAAAUAUUUUGCAUCUUCAAAGUGGUAGGCAUGUUGUGUAAAUCAAAUGAUACAAACCCCCAAAAAAUCCAUUUUAAUUCCAGGUUGUAAGGCAACAAAAUAGUAAAAAUGCCAAGAGGGGUGAAUACUUUCACAAAGCACUGUAUAUAUCAGUAAGCUCAACAUCAACAGUUGCUGUGAGUGAGCUCAACAGCUGUGAAGACCAACUGUUUUGUUCUACUACUGGUUGGCUAAGUGAGCAGAAAUUAUAAUUGGACAAAAAGACACGUUUGGUUUUAAUUUUGGGUCAGGAAAAGUUCCACCUUGUGCUAAAAUAAGUGAAAAUGUUGGGCCAUUUCCAUCAACUUCACCUCUAAUCCUGUCCCUGUCCUUGCUCACAGGAUGAUUGACAGUUCUCUUUGGUGAGUCAGAAAGCAGGAUGCCUGGUGGGCCCUGCGGGGCCUCGCAUCAAGCCCUGCCUAUUGUUUGUGCCCUUGUCCUCUCCUGGUUAUUACUCUUGGUGCAUGCUGCAUUCAGCCAGAAACCUGCCAAGCUGCCCCUGGUGGGCCGCAAGCCAUUCUUGGCUGCAUGGAAUGCACCACUCGACUUGUGCUCCAUCAAAUACAACAUGAACAUCAGUCUGGACCUUUUUCACAUUAGUGGCAGUCCAAGAGCUGUCCAUACAGGCCAGGAUGUCACCAUCUUCUACCCAAACCGUCUGGGGUACUAUCCAUUCUAUACUGAGCAAGGUGAGGCAGUGAAUGGAGGCCUUCCUCAGAACUGCAGUCUGGAAGCUCACCUCAGCAAAGCUAGCAAAGACAUUACACACUUCAUUCCCUCAGAAGAUUUCCAAGGCCUAGCUGUCAUCGACUGGGAGUACUGGAGGCCACAAUGGAGCCGCAACUGGCAGAAGAAGGAAAUUUAUCGACAACGCUCACGUGAACUUGUCUCUCGAGCCUAUAUCAAUGUGACAGAAGAUCAGAUAGAGGAACUGGCACGUCUACGCUUCGAAAAGAGUGCCAUGGCAUUUAUGCAGGGCACGCUGGAGCUUGGCACACGGGCUCGACCAAAAGGCCUAUGGGGCUUCUACCUAUAUCCAGACUGCCAUAACUACAAUGUGCACAUACACAAUUACAGUGGCUACUGCCCCAUGAUGGAAAGUGUCCGCAAUGACGAAUUACUCUGGUUGUGGAACAGCAGUACUGCACUCUUCCCUGCAAUGGCUAUCCGUAAGGGCCACAUGGACAGCAUUCGCAACCUGCACUUCUGCCAGAACAGGGUGUUGGAGUCUGUAAGGCUCGCAUCCAUGACCUCACUGCCCUACGAGCUGCCCACUUUUGUGUACACAAGACUCGGGUACAGAGAUGAAGCCAUGACAUUCCUAUCACAGAAGGAUUUAAUACACACAAUAGGGGAAAGUGCUGCUUUAGGUGCCGCAGGCUUUGUGAUCUGGGGUGACCUUAACCUCACAUCUUCUAGACAAAACUGCUCCAGGGUAAGAACAUUUUUGAGCUACAGACUGGGCCAGUACAUCACCAACGUGACCCGUGCAGCUGAAGUGUGCAGUGAAUAUCUGUGCCAGUCCAACGGCCGUUGUGUACGGAAAGACCCACGGGCACCGCAUUUCUUGCACCUGAGCCGCACCAGCUACCGCAUCCUCUCAAACCGCAAUGGCACAUUUGCCGUAACUGGCUGGCAUUCUCAGCAUGAACUACAACAACUAGCAGAAAGGUUCUACUGCCACUGUUAUGAAGGGUACGAGGGUGAGCGCUGUGACAGUACAGAGUCAACGGACACAGCAGACUUUGAGGAGAAAAAGAAGGAGGUGGAGGAGGAAGAGGAGGAUCGAGGGGCAGAGAGCUCUGCUGAGUCUGUGGGAAACGCCCUUGUCCUGGUGGUGCUGCUUGUUUUGUUUACCUUUGGCUGUAUUUAAAGCACUGUGGUACAGCUAUCCAAUGGCACAUGUACUGACCAAUGUUUGUAUGCAGACACUUGUUAUUUUAUGCAGACACGCUAUAGGUUGAUAUCACUUGAAGCAACAGGAAAAUAGUCAAUGACUAUAGUUUACUCACAUUUACACUUAAGUCAGUGUUUUUACCUGAUAUCAUCUACCUUUUAAGUACUUGUUAAAAUGUUAGCCUUAUUUGCACAAACUAUAGUACUUACUUAAACAAUUUACUAUAGUAACCCUACAAUAUUAAAGUAAGUAAAUACUAUGUAUCUGAGAACUUUUUCUGACUGAAAUUCUCCAUCUAUAUAUCUUUUAAUAAAGCACAUAU